AUGGCAAGGCCUCUCUGGGGACCAGGAUCCGUGGGUGGUAAAGACUGGACAAGCGUGGAGGAUGCCGAUCAGACCACUCUGGGUGGUGAUCAAGGAGAGGGACUACCAGAAAUUGGCAGUUUCGUGCUCUAUAAAAUAGAGCCGCCGCUAAAGGAAAAAGAGGACUUCGACACUUGGUUAGACACGGUCACCAAGAUCCUUCAGGGUCACAACCUCCACCGGUUGAUCAACAAAGAGGUUGAAAAGCCAGACAGAGACUCCGAAAAUGCAGAGAAGUGGAUGAAAAUCAGUAUGCAAGUGAGAGCAUGGCUCCGCGCUGGAUUAGAUCCCGAGAUUGCAAAGGAUAUCACGUCAACUGGCGAAAGAACCACCUGGGCAGAUGACUUUAUGCAAGUUUGCAAGAAGCAGCUACGGGGUGAAGGACACGGAGCGUUAAGCGCAGCAAUAAUACGCUUCGUACGCACAAAAAGAGAAGAGUUCUCAACAACAACUGAGUUCAUACAGGCGAUGAAGACACGAUUCGUCACAGCAAAUGACCUCAAAGCAUCGUUCUGUGCCUAUCACGCCAUUGUGCUUAUGGUAGCGCAACUCUAUGAGAUCCCAGAGCUCCGAGGAUCCAUUGAAAUCAAAAACAACGAACUGAAAUCGAUCGUGGAUCCAGCAAUGACACUGACCACUAAUGACUUUUUCAAAUACUGUCAGGAAAUGAUCGAUAAAAUCAAAGAGAUCCGCCUUGAUGAGGGACUCGCAGCAAGCGGGACGAACCGGAAUCGACAAGCAAAAUCCGACAAGAAGGACAGACUGAUGAAUGCUCCACUAAAAGGGAAAAGCAUCAAAGACCACAUAAAGGAGUGGAGGAACCACAAAGUGCAACGGUCAACAAAUGGAGCAUGUUCCUACUGUGGAACCAAUGGUCAUGAUGCCAAGGAUUGCUACCACCUCGUACGAGAAGAUCGCCCUGCAAGUUGGAAACCAAAGCCUGGUCUAUGGUACUACAAAACAUACCAGGAAUUCAAGGAGGAUAAGAGCCAGCAAUUCACAGGAAAACCCUCAGAAAGGACAAAACAAGCGAAUUUCGACGCCGUCGCCACGUCAGCAACCGCUAAAGAUGAUGACAUAUACGACUUCUCAGGAGCAGCAAUUGCUAGAGAAGGAGUCGCAUUAUCUGGACUAGCAAGCAACACACGGCAGCUCCGGUCAGGAAUUGAUUGGGUGCUGGACUCCGGUUCUUCAUGGCAUAUCUGCACAAACAAAGACCUUUUCGUCACCUAUACCCCUUACAAACCAGGAACAGCAACCGGUUGGGAUAGCAGCAAUGGUCAAUCAGCAACAGCAGAAGGACACGGAGACAUCAUACUCCCAAUCAGGAAGCCGUCAGGAGGCAGAUUCGAACUGAGGAUUCACUGCGAGUACAAACCAGGAAAUAGGUUUAACCUCCUUGGUCUUAUAAAAGCAAAGAAAGACCUAGGAAUCACCUGGAACAUUGAGAACAUGACCAAGUAA